AUGGCAAUGGCAAUUCUAAGCUACGUAUCAGCGAACUCAACGACAACACCCAUUCCUCAAGACCCCUCCUCCUCUUCCUCAACUCCUUCACCAAGACAGACCAAAGUGCUACUUCCCAAAAAGAAGCCAUUAAAAUGGUCGACAGGGGUUGCUCCUGGGGAGUAUGGUGGUCCACCUACCACCACAAAGCUCCGCAAGUACUGGGGAGGGGAAGAUGAAGACCCUUUAACCUCUGAUGAUUUUAUUUGGAACAAAGACUUCAUGCCUCGCAUGAAAAGACUCCUUCAUAAUGGUCACGACGACCCUCUUCUUCAAACCUCUCCUGCUAAGGAAGAGUCCUCUGGAUUUCUGAGUUUAAAUAGGGCCAUGAGUCUGGAUAGUAUGGAAGUCGAUUUGAGUAAAGAGCUGACACGACGCCCGAAGCCCAUGAGCGAACAGCCAGUUGAGGCUAAAAAAGUCCGCAGUGGUUCAUCACCAAAAUGGAGGAUGGCACCGACACGCCGUGAGCAGGACAAGUGGGAUAAAGCUACCAAGGCUACAACUAGCGGCAGUGAUGUGAUGUUUCGGGAAUUGAGGAGGCCUAAAGGGGAUCCAGAAGUGUUGGCUGCUCAAUCAAGGGAACAGUAUUUUAAGUUGAAGAAGAAGUUGCAAAUUCUCACAUUGGGUAUAGGCAGUGUUGGUUUAGUCUCAGCUUAUAUCUCUUAUUCGCCUGAAAUCGCUGCUAGCUUUGGUGCUGGAUUGAUUGGAUCUUUAGCGUAUAUACGUAUGCUUGGGAAUAGUGUGGAUUCCAUGGCUGAUGGAGCAAAGGGACUUGUCAAGGGAGCAGCUGCGCAGCCAAGGUUGCUUGUUCCGGUUGCGUUGGUCAUGAUCUAUAAUCGGUGGAAUGGGAUCCUUGUUCCAGAUUAUGGAUUUAUGCACUUAGAAUUGAUACCAAUGUUAGUGGGACUUUUCACGUACAAGAUUGCAACUUUUGUUCAAGCUAUAGAUGAAGCACUUGCUCCACUCGUGAAAAAGACAUGA